AUGCCCAGAGAGAGGCUCCACGGAUUCCUAACUUCUCAGCAGGCAGCAGCACCAAAAGGAUCAGCAACAGGGGCAGCUACCAGGGUCUGGAGCUGGGGCUGGGGGCAGGAGCAGGAGGAGGUACAGGAGCAGAAGCAGCAACGCAGCAAUGCCAGAGGCAGCAUACCUCCCUCAAAAACGCAACAAGGACAGCCCCUGGUCAUUGUGACUCAGCCCCAGCGUGGUGUUUAUCCACAAAGCUCCAACUGGCAGACAGGCCUUUUAGACUGUUGCAGUGACUGUGGAGUCUGUCUUUGUGGGAUAUUCUGUCCCCUUUGCCUCUCCUGCCAAGUAGCUUCUGACAUGAAUGAAUGCUGUUUGUGUGGCUCGAGCGUGGCCAUGAGGACCCUCUACCGCACCAGAUAUGGCAUCACUGGAUCCAUCUGCAGUGACUUCAUGGUGACUACUUGUUGUACUGUGUGUUCUCUUUGCCAACUUAAGAGAGACAUUAAUAGAAGGAGGGGAAUGAAUGCUUUCUGAAAAAACUAAUGAUGAAGUCUUGUGUUGUUGAUGAAGCAACCAACAUUAGUUUUAACAUGUGAAAAAUAUCUCUCUUUUAAGUAUUCCUCUAACUCUUGUCCUAAAUUGCUACACACUUUAGAAGUUUAAUAAUGAUGGAAUGCCAUGCCAGUUUAUCCUGAAGCUUUAAUCUCUGCUGUAUCAUGACUCAUAAUUCUUGAUUUGUAAUGUGAUUUUUUAAUAGAAAGCAAAUAAAAGUAUUCAAAAUAAGAAAAAAAG